GUCUUGUUGAGAUCGAGCUCCAGUGCAGUCCAGCUGGUCCUUCGCCUUGUUGUUGUGUUCAACGUUUGUUAUUCAGUUGUGGUGUCCUUGUGCUCAUUUCUAAGUUCGCAAUCAUGAAUCACCAAGGCGGUAAGCAGUGGGGCAAGUUGAAGGAGUCUCAGAAGAAAGAACUGGAUGACAUUAACCAGUCGUACCACAGCGGAGGCAAGUUCGACGAUGUCGAGGACUUGGCUGACAAGCUCAUCUCGUACCGUGACCAGUUCAUGGAGUUUGACGAGGACAACUCUGGUGACAUUGAUCUCAUGGAGCUGAAGCGAAUGAUGGAGAAGCUCGGCCAAGCUAAAACCCACUUGGAGCUGAAGAAAAUGAUUGCUGAGGUGGACACGAACAACUCCGGUACUAUUCACUAUCCUGAGUUCUUGGACAUGAUGCUGGGUAAGCGAUCUACGAUCUUGAAGAUCAUCUUGAUGUUUGAGGCCAUGAAUAAGGAAAAGGAACAACCCAAGGGAGUUGCUCCUAAGAAGAGCUUUGCUGAUUUGCCAUGAGCACGUAAGAAACAAUGCAAUACUUUAUUCCACUUUCUCCAUGAUACAUUUAAAAAUUUCCCUUGUCCUUUGUAUUCUCUAGUUAGAGCUGGUGGUGUUGCCCGUUGUAGAACCACCUAGCGAAAGAAUGUCAAGUCGUGUCUUUUUUGUAGAGUCCCCCAAGCUGCUCUCCAAACUCCAUCGUAUCGAUCAUGUAACUAACGAGGUGCUGCCUGUGCCGGUAUAGAGCUGUAGUGUUUUGUUGUCAGCUUGCUCUCUGUCUGCCGGCGUCCACUGUUCUUGCUUCCGCAUAAGAUUAGCUUGCUGUGUCGUGUCUUUGCCAUACCCCUGCUCCUUCUACUAGCAGGCGUUUUUGAAUUGGGUCGUCCGAAAAUAAAUUGUGCUUAUAUUUUUUUGCUACGUAGCCAUUUGAUCGAUUCCUUGUCAUGUCCCAUAGUACCGUACCUAGACGACGUUCCAGACGCUAUCUUGAGAUCUGGUGGCUGAGAAGUAUAUUUUGAAGAUCACCUUUAGCUCAUUUUGUCAUUGAAGUUUUUGGCUAUUUUCUUCAGCAGGAGUAUUUUGACUUUUGACAUUUCAUUUUAAGAAAUGGGCGAUUAUCCAUA